UUCGUAUAUUUAUUAUUAAUUAUCAUUCGAGUAAAUGGAGUCGCGUGCGCGCGCGGUCGGCAGGUCGGCUGCACUUUGCACUCUGCAUCAGCGGCGGGCGCCGAGCAGCCAUUUCACUUUCGCGCGUCGAGGCUGAUGCCGCCUGCUGCCGCUGCAAUAACGCUCGACUCUCGGCAUAGUUCUCGUACAGUGUGUUGCGUUACGUACUCGGACACAGCUUAUAUACUUGAGCGUUGUCCCCGAUCUUUCGCACACAACUUUUUGCUCAUCUUCUGUUUUCUCUCCAAUCAGACGAAACAGUCGCAUUCAUUAGAGGCUCGACAAGUGCAUAGUAUAAACAAAAGUUUUUCCCUAUUUAUCAAAGUGUAACAAGUGCAUCCCACCGAUACAAGGACAGAGCCAAGCCGAAGACGCGCAAACUCGAAAUCACGUGUGAUACCUCUAUCGCUAUAUCGUACAGUACGCGGUCUACAGCGUCGUAUACCUGUAUAGAUCUCGCAUGGGAUAAAAAAAAAAACGAAUCUUCCGCGAACACGCACACAUAGCCAAGGUGCGCGCAACAUAACCUCGAAAGCAGCGGUACAUCAACAGAUACACGCGGGAAAACAAAGAUGGCUGCGCAGUGCGGGCCUUUCGUUUCGUCGAGCGUCUACUACGGCUAUGUGCAACCAACGGCGGCUCCUAAUAAUCCGGAAAUGCUGCAACAGCAGCAGCAGCAGCAAACGAAUAACUAUCAGAAGCAGCAACAGCACAACGGCAUGGAGGUGGACUGUGACGCGCCACAGAAAAAUCAGUUCCACCAGGCAAUGUUUGCCGCCGCCGUCGAGGCCCAGGAACAGAGGAGCAGAAAGAGGGGCUUCGACGCUCUGCCCCAGGACUUUGACUACGAGGCCUACGUCGUGCCCAGGUUCAAAAAGUUCCGCGAAGGCGGUGGUAACAAACGUCUUUUCCAUGGUGCAGGGGACUGGCUCAGGGCCUCAUCAGAUCAACGUGGACUGGCCCAGGUGUACCAUGAGCCGUUAUUACGCUUGAGUCCAGCAGCCGACUGCGACAUGGCCUGCCAGCCGGCGACAGGUAAUCUUAAAUUCCAGUCGGCCGUUCAGACGAGGACCAGCUGCGGCAAUGGCAGGUGCCAGGAGCUCGAGGACAUGCUGUUGAUGACGCACGGCUGUUCCUCUUAUCAUCACUAUCGAGAUACUCGGCUGUGCAGCCAGCCUGGCGACAGCGAGGAAGCCGAGUUUUGACUGCCCACAGGGUUGACCACCUUCAUCGUUGACUCAUGUGUAUACUUGUGAAGCCUUGUUGUUAUAAGUCUAGAGCGAAAUGACUUUUUUUUUUUAAUUUUAAGUAGACAAUUCUAUUAAUUGCGAUGUAUACGUGUUCUUCAAGAUUGGAAGAGAAAAUAUUAUGUAGUUUAUUUCUUUGUUUUCUGAUUAAGCGGUGUACACAUACUUUUUGAAGUGGUUAAUCCAUUGGUGCAAAAUCUCUCUGCUCUCGUGCAGGGGGCAACAGAUCACUAAGCGUAUUCAAUUUUACGCAUUUAUAAAGUAGACUAGUAGUGUUUAAGGUAUUCACAUUUUAAUUAUGGUAAUACUGAAUAAAUAUUUACUUUUGUAUGUAAAAAAGAA